AUAAACACACCUGCUAGCAAACGAAAGGCAUAGAUGUUGGAAUUAAUUUGAGGCUUUACAAAUAAAGUAUUUCGUAUUGUCUUUAGUGCGGUCACCCUGUGUAUAUGUUUACUUGCUGCAGAAAAUAAAAGAAUAAUUCCUGCAAAAUGUCGGAUAAUGGCCUUUGCAAAUUAUGCCAGGAUAAUCCCGCUAUAAAUCUCGAUCUUAAACUUGAGUCGGCCAGCAAGAAGCUGCUGCAAACGCUUAUGAAGAGCUACCAAAUUGAUCCGUCCAUCCUGGAAGAAAGAUCAAGCAUUUGCCAACAAUGCUUCAACGUAGUUUUACAAAUGAGCCAAACCCUCGAGAAAUGGAGCAAAGCCCAGGAAAUGCUCAAAGCAAGCCCCUUGGACAUAGAUGACUCCAAUAUAUUUCACAUCAAGUUGGAGCCCGAUUCCAACGCCCAGUUCUCGGAGAUUCAAGCAGACCCUCAGCAAGCAGAAAAUGCGUUAUUUAUAAAGGAAGAAGAACCCGAAACAGACGAUCUAGAAUUCAUGGGGAGUGACGUGGAGCUGGUAGAAGAGGUAUCCUCCGAUCCCAGUGAUGAUGAAGUAGCUAGCUCCGAAGACAGUGAUGAAGAAAUGUCAGCAGAGGGAGCUGAUACAGAUUGGAGAUCGAGCCUCGAAAACUUCUUCUGCGUGUGCCUAGGACCCGAUGGCUUGGCCCUAACGAUACUGUUCAAAGACAAGACCAAGGAGAAGAACAUUCGGAUGCUGUGCACCUGCUGCAACAAGUUGUUUACCACCCUUUCUGAUAUCCACAAGCACGCUUCAGUAACCCGUGCACAUCCCGAGUACUGGUGCGGCGUAUGCGACGCCAUUUAUCCAAGCAUCUUCGAACUAAAAAUACACGAGAAAAUAAAGAAACACCCCAGGCCAAAGACCAGGGCCAUGGUCAUGAGGUGCCUGAAGUGCGGCGCGAGGAGCAAUCAACUGAGUGACGCCAUCAAGCACGAUAACGACUUCCACUACAAGUCUACCCUUGUGUGCCACAUGUGCCGGAUAUCCUGCGAGAAUCGUGAAUCCCUUCAAAAACAUCUACUAGAGCAUCAAACAUACAUGUGCAGAUAUCCAAACUGCAUUAGUCGAUUCCAGAUAUGGUCCAAUUAUACAAAACACCUAGUGCAGCAUAAAAACCAGAGGUCCUUGUGUCCUGUCGACGGUUGUUCCUUCAUAAUGGAACCAGGGAACCACGACAACCACCUAAAAACCCACCUGCCAUCAUAUGGACGGUAUAGAGUUGGACAGAAUAGCUCGAUAAAAAAGUAAAUAA